UUUCCACUUUUGGUACUUCACUCGCUCUACAAAGUUGAAAGCAACUACACUCUGUCCCUUUCCCUUCCACACGUUUUUUUGCAUUUAUUUAUUUUUUUAAGUUUUCACUCUUUAUUAAUCUUUGUGCAUUUUUAUUUAUUUUAUUGUCAGCCUUGUUAGUAAAUGGCUGCAAGCCUAAAAUGGUAAGGAGACUAACCAAAAGAUGAGCCUUCGAGUUAUUGUGGUCUCUUUCUUUCCCUUUAUAACUCUCUCUUUUCUUGCCUCUCUGGAGUUAUCCAUACAACAAGCUGCUCUCUCUGUUUCCGGCUCUGUCCUGCUUGCUAGCUACUAUUGUUUUUUUUCCUUGUUUUACUUCCUCUUUUCAGGGUUUCUCUAUAAUUUGGACGGCGGGGAUCAAACUAAAGCAAGUUUUGUGCUUCACUUUUGCCUGAUUUCCAGGCUUCCCUCAGAGGCUGAGGACUGCAUACGUAAAACUAGAGGAUAUCUCUUGAUAAAGUUUGAAACUUGUGACUUGGGCAAUAUGGAGAAUGGAUCAAGGGGCAAGUUGAAGGAUCCAGGGGUCUCUAUGAUGAAGUCAUCUUCGAGUGCUGCAUCUUUGAAAAGACCGCGAAGAACCAAUAAUGGAGCCCAAAUUGCAUCAUGCUUGGUUGAUGGGUGCAGUUCAGACCUUAGUGAAUGCAGGGAUUAUCAUCGACGCCAUAAAGUAUGUGAGCUCCAUUCAAAGACCUCAAAAGUUACAAUCAAGGGCCAGGAACAGCGGUUCUGCCAGCAAUGCAGCAGGUUCCAUUCAUUGGAGGAGUUUGAUGAAGGAAAAAGAAGCUGCAGAAGACGUCUUGCUGGACACAACAAACGCCGAAGGAAGCCUCAAUUAGAACCCAUGUCCUCAAAUUUGGGAAGAUUCCUUUCCAGUUACCAAGGCCCAAGAUUCUUACAAUUUGGUAGUCCACAAGUGUGUCCAACAAAUGCUGUAAUGAACUCUGCAUGGGGUGGGGCUAUGAAAGCAGAGAAUGAUGAUGUGAUUCUUCAUAGCCACUCACAGUUAAGUGAGACGAGAAGAAACUUAUUUCCGGGAUCUUUGUCGUGUGAACAGAGCAUUGAGUCCAUGCUCUCUCAAGCUUCUGCCUGCCAACAACUUGUUGGUACCAACUUUGCAUUGGGAAAUUCAGGCAACAGCCACAAGAUGUUCGCCAAUGGAUUAUACUGCGACGUUGAAUCCAAUCGUGCUCUCUCUCUUCUGUCAUCGACACCAGCAUCCCGGGGGGAGAUUGGUUUGAGCCACGCAGGGCAGUCCAGUUCAAUCUGGCCACCUCAGCCCCUGAUCCCUAGACUGCGGUACAAUGUUUUGGGAAUGGAGGAUGACGCUGCCAUUUCCAAUUUGGUUGCUGAUGGCAGCAGCAAUGCCAAUAAUAUGCAUUUCCAGGGCAUGUUUCAGAUUAUAUCUGAUGGCUCAACUGCUGGUGCACCUCACUAGAAACCCUAUCCAGCUGGUGGGGGUAAUUUUAUCUGCAUAGAUUUAGCACUCCUUUGUAAUAACAUGAAGGAGUUGACUGCCCUUGUAAAAUUGAGAGAGAUCAAAAUGUCUCUUGUCUGUAUUUUUCUCGUACCCCUGAAGAGAAAUAAUCAUGCUGCUAUAUGAAAGUAUUUUCUAUUUCCACGAUGUAACCAUUUUAUAAGUUGUUCACUCUGAUAGUCUGAAUCAUGUUUGUCCGAGC